UUUCGGUCGAUCCUGUUUCAAUCACCACCGCUGCUGUUACCUUUCUUUCCAACCAUUUUUUUUUUGUAUCAUUAUUGCACGCAAUAAUAUGCCCUCCACUACGAAGCGCCAGGGAGCCGAUCCCUCCUCCACUACCACUACCACUACCACUUCUACCGCUCGUGAUCUUGAUCGGCGCGAACAUUCCCCCGCUGACGACGACCAUCUCCAACACACCGCUACCUCCACCACUGGCCGUGAAGAUGAUGACGAUGAUGAUGAUGACUAUACCUCCUCGUCUGGUUCUAGCGAUAGUGAUAGCGACAGCGACGACGAUGAGGAAGAUGAAGAAGAAGUAAGCCAGAAGGAGACCACUACUACUUCCGACGACAUGCCGCGCAUUCCUGCUAUACCUAAACCACGCAUCGGCCGCAUUAACAAAAACCCUGACCUACUGUCCCGACUAUCUGCUUUCCUGCCGCAGAUGAAAACUGCGAAUGAGAAGCUCGAACAGGAGAUUGCGGCGGGAAGGGCGAAGGAUGUGCGAUUGGAAAUAGAUGGGGAUGAUGAUGAUGAUGAUGACGAGGACGAGGAUAUGGAAGGAAAGCGGUAUAUUGAGAUGAAUCUGGGACUAGGUGUGCUCGAAGAGAAGCGGCCCGGUGAUGAUGAGGAAGAUCAUCUCGAGUCGCAGGGUGGUCAGGACAAUCAACAUGUUCUGCCUGAGAGGCCGAAAUCUGGCAAGGACUCGAAUGUGCUGGAUACUUUGAUGGGCAAUGCGGAGUCUUCGGCGGAGAAGGAGAAGCCGACGAUUGAGGAGAUAUAAGAAAAGUCUGCUGAUUGCAUGGGUUGGCGCUUUGGGUUCCUAAUUGGUUUAUAAAAGUUGGUCGCUACUAUAGAGUUCGUCUGGGUUUUUCGCAUCUUGGCAUUUUAGAAGGAGUGGGUUUACAAAAGUGUUUCCGGCCUACAUGUCAUACAGUCUCUGGAUUCAUAGAUCAAGCAUAACAUAAUAAUCAUACCCAAACAAACACCAGCCAAG